GAUGCACUGCUGCACGGAGCUCCGCCGUCCGCAAAUUCGAAGCCGAGGCUACAGUUCGAGAAUGAACAAGACCGCCGUAAAGCUUGGCUCUCACUCGUCGAACCCUAUUCCAUGUGCGCCCUCACUCACCCCUCCGAUGAGAUGGUCGCCAUAGCGUCGCUUACAGGGACGCUGCGGAAGCAUACAGGCCAUAGCUACCUGGCCGGGCUGUGGCAAAAGGAUCUGGUGGACCAGCUGUGCUGGCAUCGCAACGUGUACACUACGCUGAUCAGCACGCGGAACGGCUACGCACCGUCCUGGUGAUGGCCAGUCUUGACGGACAUGUCAGCAUGGACAGGGCGUAUCUUGUUAAACCCUCUGGUCGCAUUCGCCUUGCAGAAGUCUUGGCCGCAUCGGUUACGUCGGAUGAUCCCCGCCGGUCUAUACAGCUUUACGUCGGCCGAACUGC